AAAUUGGCGUCGGGCUGUCGGCGUUCGGGUUUGCGCUUGAUCGGGCUGGGCGUGGUUCUGUUCUUUGACGCCGGGCUCAUCGCCAUUGGCAACAUUCUGUUCCUGGCAGGCGUGUCGAUGAUCAUUGGGUUCAAGAAGACGCUGUUUUUCUUCUCGCGGCGGGACAAGCUCAAGGGCUCAGUGUCGUUCUUCCUCGGCUUCAUCCUGAUUCUGCUAAAGUGGUCGAUUAUCGGCAUGGUCGUUGAAACCUUCGGGUUCCUCAAUCUGUUUGGUGACUUUUUCCCAAUCGCCAUUGGGUUUCUGCGCCGGCUGCCGUUCAUCGGCCAGGUGUUCAGCCUGCCAGGCAUCCGCCAGGUUGUUGACCGGCUGGGUGCCUCGCCGUCGCAGUACCCUGUGUAA